CCGGCCGCGCCGGGCUGAGGCCGCGCCGCCUCUCGCGCCUCCCCGGCUCGCUGAUGCCGGGGGCGCCUCCGGGGGAAGCUCCGGGCGGCGCGUUCGCCGGAUGCUAAACUACCGGCGGACUGCAGAGGAGAGGGGUCCCGUCUUCUCCUGAUGCUUAAAAAAACAAAACAACAAAAAAAAGAGUAAAGCAAUUUCUGCUGUGAGCCCAGGACGGGCAAGCCGCCCGAGAUCGCUUCAAGAUAUCCCCCAGGGGCGGAGGAGGAGGCGAUGGGCUGGAUUUAGUAGGACAACUCGGUUACUAAUGACUCCGCGGCUGGCUGCGACCCGCCGGGAAAUCAGGUGCAAGCAUGUUUGCCUGUAGGUACCUGAGCUGAUCCCGACGGCGCCUAAAGAUGCUGAGCGGCGUCUGGUUCCUCAGCGUGUUAACCGUGGCCGGGAUCUUAGAGACGGAGAGUCGCAAAACUGCCAAAGACAUUUGCAAGAUCCGCUGCCUGUGCGAAGAGAAGGAGAACGUCCUGAAUAUUAACUGCGAAAACAAAGGAUUUACAACGGUCAGCCUGCUCCAGCCCCCCCAGUACCGAAUCUAUCAGCUCUUCUUCAAUGGCAACCUCCUGACCAGACUGUACCCCAACGAGUUUGUCAACUACUCCAACGCGGUGACUCUCCACCUGGGCAACAACGGGCUGCAGGAGAUCCGCACCGGGGCGUUCAGCGGGCUGAAGACCUUGAAGAGGCUGCACCUCAACAACAACAAGCUCGAGGUGCUGAGGGAGGACACCUUCCUGGGCCUAGAGAGCCUGGAGUACCUGCAGGCCGACUACAAUUACAUCAGCGCCAUCGAGGCGGGGGCCUUCAGCAAGCUGAACAAGCUCAAAGUGCUCAUCCUGAACGACAACCUCCUGCUGUCGCUGCCCAGCAAUGUGUUCCGCUUCGUCCUGCUGACCCACCUAGACCUGCGCGGGAACCGACUGAAACUGAUGCCUUUCGCAGGGGUCCUUGAGCACAUUGGGGGCAUCAUGGAGAUCCAGCUGGAGGAGAACCCCUGGAACUGCACAUGCGACUUACUUCCGCUCAAGGCUUGGCUGGACACCAUCACCGUUUUCGUGGGGGAGAUUGUCUGUGAAACCCCCUUCCGCUUGCACGGCAAAGAUGUCACCCAGCUGACCAGGCAAGACCUCUGCCCCAGAAAAAGUACCGGCGACUCAGCUCAGAGGGGCAGCCACGCUGACACACACAUCCCGAGGCUGUCACCUACCCUGAAUCCUGCUCUCAACCCGACCCGGGCUCCAAAAGCCAGCCGGCCACCCAAAAUGAGAAACCGUCCCACCCCCCGGGUCACAGUGUCGAAAGACAGGCAGAGCUUUGGCCCCAUCAUGGUGUACCAGACCAAGUCCCCGGUGCCCCUCACCUGCCCCAGCAGCUGUGUCUGCACCUCUCAGAGCUCCGACAAUGGGCUGAACGUCAACUGCCAAGAACGGAAGUUCACCAACAUCUCCGACCUGCAGCCCAAACCCACCAGUCCAAAGAAACUCUACCUAACAGGGAACUAUCUUCAAACAGUGUAUAAGAACGAUCUCCUAGAAUACAGUUCUUUGGAUCUGCUGCAUCUAGGCAACAAUAGGAUUGCAGUCAUUCAGGAAGGUGCCUUCACAAACCUGACCAGUUUACGCAGACUUUAUCUAAACGGCAAUUACCUUGAAGUGCUGUUUCCAGCUAUGUUUGAUGGGCUGCAGAGCUUGCAGUAUCUCUAUUUAGAGUAUAAUGUCAUUAAGGAAAUUAAGCCGCUGACCUUUGAUGCUUUGAUUAACCUACAGCUGCUGUUUCUGAAUAACAACCUGCUGCGGUCCCUGCCUGAUAACAUAUUUGGGGGCACAGCCCUCACCAGGCUGAAUCUGAGAAACAACCAUUUUUCUCACCUGCCAGUGAAAGGAGUUCUAGAUCAGCUUCCCGCUUUUAUCCAGAUUGAUCUCCAAGAGAAUCCCUGGGACUGCACCUGUGACAUCAUGGGACUGAAGGACUGGACAGAGCAUGCCAAUUCCCCUGUCAUCAUCAAUGAGGUGACCUGUGAAUCUCCCGCAAAACACGCCGGGGAGAUCCUGAAGUUUCUGGGGAGGGAGGCGAUCUGUCCAGACGGUCCGAACUUGUCAGACGGAACCGUUUUGUCAAUGAAUCACAACACAGACACACCUCGCUCACUCAGUGUGUCUCCCAGUUCUUACCCUGAACUGCACACGGAAGUUCCACUUUCUGUCUUAAUUUUAGGAUUGCUGGUUGUCUUUAUCUUAUCUGUCUGUUUUGGCGCUGGUUUAUUUGUCUUUGUCCUGAAACGCCGGAAGGGGGUGCCCAGUGUUCCUCGGAGUGCCAACAACUUAGAUGUAAGUUCCUUCCAGUUACAGUACGGCUCUUACAACACCGAGACCCAGGAUAAAGCAGACGGCCACGUCUAUAACUACAUCCCUCCACCUGUGGGCCAGAUGUGCCAAAACCCCAUCUACAUGCAGAAGGAAGGAGACCCGGUGGCCUAUUACCGAAACCUGCAAGAAUUCAGUUACAGCAACCUGGAGGAGAAGAAAGAAGAGCCAGCCACACUUGCUUACACUAUCAGUGCCACGGAGUUGCUGGAAAAGCAGGCCCCGAGAGAGCCGGAGCUGCUGUAUCAGAAUAUCGCUGAGCGGGUCAAGGAGCUGCCCAGUGCGGGACUCGUCCACUAUAACUUUUGUACCUUACCUAAAAGGCAGUUCACCCCUUCCUAUGAAUCUCGACGCCAAAACCAAGACAGAAUCAAUAAAACCGUUUUAUAUGGAACUCCCAGGAAAUGCUUUGUGGGGCAGUCCAAAGCAGACCACCCUUUACUGCAAGCUAAGCCGCAAUCAGAACCAGACUACCUCGAAGUUCUGGAAAAACAAACUGCAAUCAGUCAGCUGUGAAGGGAAAUCAUUGACAACCCUCUGGCAUCAAAGGAUGCUGCUCCAAACUCUUGGAAGCUGGGCAUUUGCUUUAGUGUGUGUCUGUUCUCCCUUUCUCAGCCUCAGUGGGGGACUUUGAAGAUGUUUGGGGGAUGGGGUGAAGCAAUGAUACUGCUUUUUCAAGUUUUCCUUUAAAUUAUUUCUCUCUUGCUCUCCUCUCUCCCCCACCUUUCCCCCCACCCCUUCUUUCCUUAGGAAUCAUCAUUGAACAUGAAUGUUUCUACAAUGCAAUUUUUCAUAUACUUUGUUUAUGGCUGUGUUUACUUUUUCUUCUUUUAUUUUUCCAGUGUGGGAAUGGGAAGAGGAGAUUAUAGUGAAUGAAGAAACAGUAAGCAAACUUUUCAAAUGAAAAUGGAUAUUUAGUGUAUUUUGUAGAAGAUCUCCAAAGAUCUUUUGAGACUAUAAAUUCUUUUGUAAAUAAUGAUAUAUGGUAUUUCGGACUUCAGUUACCAAGCAUAGCCACUGGGCAUCACUUCUUCAUGUUAAAGUGCCUUUGCACUUUAAGUACAUUACUUAAAUGUUGCUUUUAGCUUUGAUAAAUUGAACAUAUUUUAAUGUGUUGUAUUUUUGAAAUUAAAAACACUGUAAAAUAGAUUGAAAUGUCAGCUAUAUUAAGUCAACGUACAGUUUGCUUGAGUUAUAGAAACCAGCUUGUCAUCAAAUGAUUCUAGUUCUAGGACUUUAUAGAUUUAACUGUAAAAUGUUUCCUUUCCUUUGGGUUUGUUCUAAGUGAUUUUAUUUAAGUCAACUAAGGGGAUUUAACAGUGGACUAGAGGUAAUAAACCACUUCAGUUGGGAUUAGUAAUUCAUUAAUAAAAUAUAUUUAACCCAAUAUCAGAGUGAAUUGAACAAUUAAUGCCCUUCCGUAAAUCAUUAUUUUACACUAACAUGGUCAGUGUUUUAGAUUAUUUUCCUAAUUAAAGAGUACAUUACACAACUUGUAAUAUA